AUAUAGGAAAGGAAAAGAUAUUGAAAGGAAGGCGACAAGUGGCGCGGAUGCUGGUGAAAGGAAGUUGAGGGCAGGUAGCCCUGUCGAGUGUGAUGGCAGCUACUGAUUCAGUAGCUGUAAUGGACCUCCCAGUGGAGCCGCAGUCUCUUAAGAAGCUUAGCUUCAAGUCUCUGAAGCGUGCUCUGGACCUCUUCUCCCCGAUGCAUGGCCAUCAUCCUCCCUCUGAUCUAGAGAGCAAGAGGGUUCGUGUCAACUACAAGCUGCAAGCUGAAUAUGGAUCAGUAGCAAACUUGUCUGGCCAGCAAGCUGUAAAGCAGAACAAGGCACAGGAAAAGGGGGUUCAAGGUUCAAUGUCUACUGCAUUAGUUCCCCUAGGAGGCCAAGAAAUCAAGGCUUCUCGAAAUGAUGGGAACCAAGGUGCUGUUAUUCCUGCACCUACCAUGCUACCAAAAGGACCUGAGAUUGGUACUGCAAGCAGAAAUACAGGGGUUUUAGUUUCAGCUACAGACAGAUAUAACUCUACAUCUGCUCUGAUGGAAAGGAUUCCAAGUAGAUGGCCUCGUCCCUCAUGGCAUCCUCCUUGGAAGAAUUAUAGGGUCAUCAGUGGCCACUUGGGAUGGGUUCGUUCCAUUGCAUUUGAUCCAAGCAAUACAUGGUUCUGUACUGGUUCCGCUGAUAGGACCAUAAAGAUAUGGGAUGUUGCAUCUGGAAGAUUGAAGUUAACUCUAACUGGACAUAUUGAACAAAUUCGCGGACUUGCUGUCAGUCAAAAGCACACUUAUUUAUUCUCUGCUGGUGAUGACAAACAAGUUAAAUGUUGGGAUCUUGAACAAAAUAAGGUUAUCAGGUCUUAUCAUGGACAUUUGAGUGGUGUAUAUUGCUUGGCUCUUCAUCCAACUAUUGAUGUGCUGCUAACAGGUGGACGGGAUUCUGUUUGCCGGGUUUGGGACAUUCGUUCGAAGGCAAUGGUUAUGGCUCUCUCUGGUCAUGAUAACACUGUUUGUUCAGUUUUUGCUCGGCCAACGGAUCCACAAGUUGUAACUGGUUCCCAUGAUAGUACUAUUAAGUUCUGGGAUCUUGUAGCUGGAAAAACAAUGACAACACUGACCCACCACAAGAAAUCUGUUCGUGCGAUGGCAUUACAUCCAAAAGAGAGAAGUUUUGCAUCUGCUUCAGCAGACAAUAUAAAAAAGUUUAACCUUCCAAAAGGCGAAUUUCUUCACAAUAUGCUCUCCCAGCAGAAAACAAUAAUAAAUUCGAUGGCAGUUAACGAAGAUGGUAUUCUUGCCACUGCAGGUGACAACGGAAGCCUUUGGUUCUGGGAUUGGAAAAGCGGCCACAACUUCCAGCAGGCUCAGACCAUUGUCCAGCCAGGUUCUCUGGACAGUGAAGCGUGCAUUUAUGCUCUUUCUUAUGAUAAUAGUGGGUCAAGACUUGUUACAUGUGAAGCUGACAAAACUAUUAAGAUGUGGAAAGAAGAUACAAGUGCAACUCCAGAAACCCAUCCUAUCAACUUCAAGCCACCAAAAGAGUUCCGUAGAUACUAGUUCUGCCAUUUCCCAAUGGCUCUGAUCAGUUUGAAUUGCUAGGUGACCAUGGAAGGAAAACUAUAUUACUAUCAAUUCAUGCUGAGCUGAUUCAAACCCAGUUCUUUUAAUCUUUCUGCUCUCUGUUGUUAGCAUUUUCCUAGAACUGGUCAAUUAUGUUUUUCUUGUAUUUGAAUUUUGCUAGCAUUUUAUUUCAGAUUUUUAAUUAUAGUCCUAAUUAAAAAAAAACAAA